GUGCAGUAGAAACUACGAUCUUGCACCCAUGCUACUUUUUCACAACAAACAUUCGGAAAAUGAAAUAACUAUGAAAGCGGAAUUGUUUUAAACAAUGUGGUUAUUAUUGACAUAAAAGUACUUUGAGCUGUUGGGGUUUGUCCUGGAUAACGCUAAAAUUCGUGUCAACAAUCUAGCCAACUUCAUAGCCUCCCUCGGCAGUCUGCGCUAGCUAAAUGUAUUUUCCUGGGAGUGUUAAGCGUUCAUAUAUAUAUAUAUAUAUAUAUAUAUAUAUAUAUAUAUAUAUAUACAAUCAUUCGUUAAUAUCUAGCUAGUUAUUAAUAAAGUAAUUUAUAUCAAUCGAUGUUAGUAUUUAUCUAGCUAACUAGGUAGCUAUAAGUUAGCAACUCACCAGAAGACAUUCCAAAUAUUCGUAUGAGAUAAGUCUUCAUCCCUUCUCAAUAUGUUUGCAGUGCUCAACAAUAUUCUCAAUACUAGUCCCGACAACUUCAAGCCGGUAACCCUAACCUCACCCCUAACCGUUACCAAUUUAAAUCCCUAUGCCUAAUCCUAACAUCUGUGGAUUUAUGUAUGUUCUCUGCAGGGAGAGUUUAUCUUGGUGUCUGACAAACAGACAGACGGGUCCUUCCUCAUUCACCAUUUCCUCUCCUUUUAUUUACGAGGUGAGGAUUUAUGUGAGUGGACUGAUGUCUAGUUGACUGAAAUGUGUGCGUAACACCGUUCCCUCUAUUAUUGCUGUUGAUUGUAGUGUUAGGUGAAAAACAAUGAGUCAGUAAUAGAGGGAACAUAUGGGGCCAAGUUGUGUACUACUUUGAUGCACUCUCAUACGUGGUCAAAAAUUACAUCUGGUGAGGCCAGACGUGCUCAGAUGUAAGUUGUUUCCUGGGUCUUGUGCAGUCCUUCAGUCACUACAGUGCAAUUAGUCAACGAUUGGUGAGUAUACUUAUCCUCCAAAACGCUGGGUUAACCCCCCCCCCCAGCCACUCCUAUACAUACUGUGCAAGUAAAUGUGUCUUUACAGUUGUGUAUGGUUUGCUGUUGCUUGGUGGAGCUGUAUUAACUACAUGUUGUAUGGGUUCUUUCACUGUGUACCAUGUUAAUCAGGGUGUGAGUUUGGCCCAGGCAAGGGAGAAAGGGCAGCUGGUGUUCAUAGAGGGACUAAAGGAAUCCUUGGGGGUACUGCUUCAGGGGGAGUCCAGCAAAGGAACCCAGGCACUGGACUUCCUCAGAGAUCCCAGUUCCGGCCUGCGGGGUCUAUAUGACUUUGUGCAGGACAAUGUAAGGUCGGCAGUAAGUGGAGGUGAGGAGUGGGGUCCCCCAUGUGAUCCUGGUGGAUGCCCUCGGUGUGGUCCUGAGUCUGGGGGUCAGUGUUGGGGCAGUGUUGGGGCAGCGCUGGACUUCAGUCAUUACUGCAGAGCCACUGUCUGCUCCGAGCUGCAGGUGGAAGUGUGCUGGCAAGGACAAUGUGACAGGCAGCAGACCCAGAAGAAACUCUUCCAGUAUAAGGUCCACGACAAGGGGGCUUCCUUUUUCGCCAGGGGGACAUCCAGUGCAGUCCUUUAAGCCCUCAAUGGAUUUCUGCCUCCCUUCCUAGUGUCUAUCCUCAGUCCCUCACAUCUCAGUCACAUGGCUCUCUGAGCUCAACCAGAGAAUGAUAGAGGCCUCUAGUGGCCAAAAGGCUGUAUUAGCAUGGGCAGCUAUUAAGCUUCCAACAUUUUAAAGUAGUCAACCUCAUGGAAUUUCCAACUUCAUUGGCUGAUCCCUCCUGGUGACUCUGUUGGAAUCAUGUCCAACCGGAUCAUCAGGAGGGAUCAGCCAACCGUGAAGAAGAAAAUUGACUACUUUAAAAUGGAGAUUGCCAAUGUUGUUAUAGACGUUGUAAUGGCACAGCUAGAAAGAUGAGUCGUCUAUCUCUAUGGGCUCAACACACAGGCGGGAAGUUUGCAAUUUAGGACAAUCAAGGUGCUGGAUUAUGGUCAUGAAACAGGUUGGGAUCAGUUUUGAACUGGAGAUGUGGUAUUGAAUUGAACAUUGGAUUACUGCAUUAGAACCAACUGGACACAUGCAUUGCAAAGCUGAUAUAGGAAACCUGGGUGAAUAGGUCAAAUCAAAUCAAAUCAAAUUUAUUUAUAUAGCCCUUCGUACAUCAGCUGAUAUCUCAAAGUGCUGUACAGAAACCCGGCCUAAAACCCCAAACAGCAAGCAAUGCAGGUGGAGAAGCACGUAAAAAUAGGUAAUAAUAGGUAAUUUCUCAUGGGAACUGACCUAACUAGGUUGGACUUGUGUUAUGCAACAACAAAAAAACAAUAAACAGCACAUUUAAAUCAAACACCAGUGUAUGCGUUUUGGGGCGUUGUUGAUCAUGGAGGUAAAAUACUGUGGUUUACAGUAAUCUAGCCAGCGCGUGUCGCUAUAUCCUCAUGCUUUCUUGUCUUGGAUGAAGGGUGAGAGGUCGACAAUUCACGCUGCUGCUGAAACAGUAGUGACAUGGUUCUGUUGAUGCAGUCAGUUUUUCCAGUUAAAUUAGCUCAAUUUUAGCUACUAGAAUAAGGAGGUUAAGACGGUACACGACUAUCUCCUCGAUAGCAGGACCAGCACUAUCGACGAAGACACGAGAAAGUUAUUCAGC